UUGCAUGUGUAUGCGUGAGUCAUAUAAGCCUACUGUUAUCUUCAGUAAGGUAUGUUAGCGGGUCAUUGGUAAUACUGCGUGCAGCUGAUGUUUGUUCAGUAUUGGAACGUGACGCUAGUUGAUACGGGUGUUCAGAUGUGUGACAUAUCCUCACAAUAGUGGAUUUUCAAAGAAUUCGCAGCCUCUUCGGUAAUUUCGACACAUUGAAAAGUGACUGAAAAUGGCUAGGCAUCUCAAAAUGUGAUGCCGGGCAGGGGAAUGGCAGAGAAACACCACAAUGGGUGGAAGCCUCUUGAAACUAGCCCCUGUCUUCGUACUCCUGGUGCUGUCCGGACUCGCAUUCCUGUUUUGGAAUAUCACUGAUUUGGAGAAAUGGAACUGUCAGACAGUGUCCACCUUCUACCAGAUCCAGAGCAAUAUGCAGUCUGCUUUCAGGACUGCUGAACCUUCCCCCCCCCCAGAUCUCAACCACACCUACUGCAACCAUGUGGGCCAGGAACCCACACCCAAGGAGGCGUGGGAGGAGAGUCAGCUCCUUAAAUCUGUUGCCUGGCCCCAGCCUCUUGUCCCAGGGCUACCCCUCCGCCAAAGCAGCGACCCUGCUCAGAGCUACUAUGUCAUUCAGGGUUCAGAUGGGUGGCGGGUGGGUGGUCAGUUAGAGGUUGUGGUUCGUAUGAACAACUAUUUGGGCCAGCCCAAAAAGCAUGGGGGGGACUUCCUCAUAGGACGCCUACAUACACCUGAGCUGAAGGCGGGUGUCGCUGGCACUGUACGCGACCAUGGAGAUGGCAACUACACUGUGCUGUUCCCACUGCUGUGGGAAGGAGUAGUGCAGGUGGGGGUAACGCUGGUGCACCCUAGCGAGGCGGUGGUAGUACUAAGGAGGCUAAGGGAAGAGCGACCCGACAGGGUUUACUUCAAGAGCCUCUUUCGCUCACAGUACAUCUCACAGACCACCAUAUGCAACCUGUGCCUGCCGCCAACACAGGAGCCUAUCUGCAAUUAUACAGAUCCUCACACAGGGGAGCCCUGGUUCUGCUACAAGCCCAGGGUUCUAGACUGCGAUGCACGGGUUACCCACUCCAAAGGGGGCUACAAGAAUAAACUCCUCACCAAGGAGGAAGCACUGUUCUUCCAGAGUAAUGUGAAUAUUAAAAUUCCCAUACAUGCAUCAGGAACGGACAAUGUGACCGUACUACCAGCAGAGAGAGCCAAAGUGGCGAGGGGUAGUCUCAGUGUCACCCCUGCUGGCUAUUAUUAUGAAGGUUCCUGGAGACCUUUGACUGGUGUAGUCAUGCGCCGGUUUAAUGAUGUUGCAGCUAUUACACAAUGUCUGACGGGAAAGGUUGUGUACAUUUUUGGAGACUCCACUGCAAGGCAGUGGUUUGAGUACCUCAAUAAGUUUUUUCCUGCAAUCGACCUUCGCAGCCCAAAGGGUACCGGUCCAUCCUUGGCGGUGGAAAGCAAGAAUAACAUAAUGAUCCAGUACCGAUGUCACGGUCCACCGAUCCGCUUCACUGGUGUAUCCACCCAAACAUUGACCUACGUUUUCAAUGAGUUGGACAGGCUUCCAGGCGGCCCACACACAGUGGUGGCCUUGAGUAUCUGGUCCCACUUUAGCACCUUCCCCAUGGAAGUGUACAUUCGGCGACUGCGGCACAUUCGCAAGGCCGUCAUCCGACUUCUGAACCGUGCGCCGUCCACUCUCAUAUUCAUACGCACGGCAAACCUCCAGAGGCUGGACCCAGAAUCCAGCCUGUACAACAGUGACUGGUUCUCCAUACAGCUCGACACUGUGCUGCGUGCCAUGUUCAAAGGACUGAACGUACAUGUGGUGGAUGCUUGGGAAAUGACUUUGGCUCAUGAACACCCCCACAUUCUUCACCCACCCCCAGAAAUCAUCCAAAACAUGAUGGACUUAAUGUUGUCACACAUAUGCCCAGUGAAAAAGAAGGGGGGUUAGCGGAGAGAAAUACAGAAGAACAAAGUGAGGGGGUAUUAAGGACUAAGGUGUUUUUUUUUUGUUUUUGUUUUUUUUUUUGGUAUUAAUGCUUUUUCCAGAACUUUUCUAGCACUAUGGCCAGUUAUGUCAUAGAAAAUCAGAGCUUGCCAAAAAAGCCAUUUUACCUGCUCCCUAACCUGACCUUAAUAAACGGUUUGAGAGCAUGUAAAAUGGUGUGACCGUUUUGCACUUUUCUUACCCACUACAUGCGGGAACUAAUUGCA